AUGCUUCCUUCAUUCAGCUUUAUCGACAAAGACCUGGCACCUGAUAGGCUUGCCAAUCUUAAACUUUACAAGUACAAUGCCAUUGAUCGUUCAUUUCUUUCUCGUUAUCUAUUACGGCAUUACUGGGAUUGGGCGCACCAAUGGUUUCCUUCAUCCAUGGCACCCAAUCUAAUCACGCUAACCGGUUUCCUUUUCAUCAUUGUCAACGUGGUGUUGGCAAGCUGUAUAACACCGAGUCUUGAGUAUGGAGCAGAAGGCAUACAUCGAUGGGUGUAUUUAUGCUAUGCAGCUGGGAUUUGGUUGUAUUCUACAUUUGAUAAUGUGGAUGGGCGGCAAGCACGAAAAACAAAAACGUCUAGUCCUUUGGGUGAACUUUUCGAUCAUGGCUGUGAUGCACUCAACACUAUGUUUUCUGCAAUCUUGCAAGCAAGUGCUAUUGGCUCUGGACAUUCACAUGCUACUUUAUUGCUAUGCAUCGCUGAAGCGCUUGGAUUCUACUUGUCGACUCAAGAGGAAUACCACACGGGUGUUCUUUAUCUUGGCUAUGUAAAUGCACCCACUGAAGGCAUUCUUUUGGCCGUCUUUGUAUUCACCCUUUCUGGUAUUUAUGGUUCAAGCGUGUGGAUGGUCUCAGUGGGGCAAAUCAUUCCUUUCAUGCCAUCAUUUAUCGCCAACAUGUCAUUUUCACACGGCUGGAUUGCUUUGAUCUCUGCAUUUAGCUUAAUGGUUCAUUGUCCUUCAAGUCUUUAUACAAUACGCAAAGCUUGCCUCGAUGAAGACAAAUCUUUCUUGUCAACCUUGAUUCGAGAAGAUAGCCCCAUCCUCAUCUACUGCGUAGCUAUAUACGCCUGGUGCACAUCCCCAUACUCUUUCAUUCUCUCACGUCAACAUCUUAUUCCCUUUACACUAGCCAUUGGGAUUGUAUUCGGACAUAUGGCAAGCAAGAUCAUCCUAGCCCAUGUUACCAAAUCCACUUUUCCAAAACCGAGCAUACUGCUUGUGCCCCUUGUUGGCGGUGCCCUUGCUGCCAAUUGCCCACGAGUCUCUGAAUUGUUUGCAUUCACUCCACAAUCCGAGAUGUUAUAUAUUUGGGGUUUCAUGAUGAUCUCGACAAGUGUUUACCUAUAUUGGGUAGCAACCGUGAUCAAUGCCUUUUGUUCCUAUCUUGACAUCCACUGCUUUACAAUCCGAGAGAAAGAUUCAAACAAGACUCAAUAA